AGUGUAAGUAUUUCACUGUGCGGGAAUAGGUCUCUCCAGUGCAAAAAGAGCUUUGGAGUUUGGAGGGAAAGGAGCAGCAAUGUCGAACAACCCUUCCCAACUCCUCCCAUCAGAGCUUAUAGAUCGGUGCAUAGGAUCCAAAAUAUGGGUGAUAAUGAAGGGUGAUAAGGAGCUGGUUGGAACCCUAAGAGGGUUCGAUGUUUAUGUUAACAUGGUUCUUGAGGAUGUUACUGAGUACGAGAUCACAGCUGAAGGACGAAGGAUAACAAAACUUGAUCAGAUAUUGCUUAAUGGGAACAACAUUGCCAUUUUGGUCCCUGGUGGUUCUCCUGAUCCAGAAUGAGAGGAUGUUAGUAUUUCUUCUUGGCAUCCUACUUUGAUUUCCAUGCAAUGGAUUGAAGUCUCAAGUCCUGUGAGAAAUUUAAAGGCGCAGAAAUUUCUUCAUACUCGGUCUUUGGUUGUAGAAUUGUGGAGUUGACAUUGGUUUGGUCAUGUAGAAACUGGAUGUUUACAUCUCUUUUGACAAUGUUGAUUAGAUUCUAACAUUGAAGUAACAUAUCAGCAUCCACUAAACUAGAGAUUU